GGUGUCCUUGCCGCGUAGGUAGCCGAUUAAUCGCGACAAGUAGGACAAUUUUGACAGGAUAGCUCGGUUAUCUGAAGCUCGGGAAGGUGCAGGCAACACUUUACAUGACAAUUAGGUAGUAAUAUGAGAGACGUUCAACGAGGAAGGAUGCGCGAAGUCGUGUUCCCGAUGCGAGUGGCAGCAGAUAAGAUAUAAAAGAAAGAUGAGCUGGUUACGAAAUAGUCCGUUAAGGACCAGCUUCACCAAGCAACGGUCCAGAGACUCGCCGCCGAAAGAUGCUGAUCCAUCGGCGUGUUAUGACAGUUUUUGUAAACACUGGCAGCAAGCGCACGAAAUCAUAUUGCGCACAUCUCCGCCCAAAGGAAUACGUAAUCAGGACGACGUUCUCGGAGUUGUUAAUCAUGUAGAUCAAAUGGUAACUCUACUAGUUUUAGAGCUGAGGGGUUCUAACUUUUACAAUAAUUAUAGACAAUCUACAACAGCUACACACUCACCUUGUUUGGAAUAUUUAUUAAGCGAAAACCUCCUUGAUAAACUUUACGAUUGGAAUAAGAAUAGUGGAAGAUAUAAUAAUGCUGUCCGUUUAGAACAACUAAAAUUGUAUGAGCUUUUAGUAUCUCACAGUGGCGCUCUUCUUGCCCAUGAACCAGUUGCCAGGCCACUGCUGAGAUUACUCGAAGAUUGUUCAAAUGAUAUUAUGCCAUUAGAAGUAGAAGAGAAAUUAGUAGUUUUAUUAAAUCAAUUGUGCGUUGCUUUAAUGCAAAACUUAGCAUUGCUCGAUUUAUUCUUCCAUCCGACAGCAGUAGGGAAAAGCAAAUUUAUUAUUUUUACAUUAUUGAUACCAUACGUGCAUAGAGAAGGUGCAGUGGGACAACAAGCACGUGACUCUAUGUUACUUUGCAUGUCUCUGUCCAAAAAGAAUGAUGAAGUGGGAUUAUACAUUGCCGAUCAUUCUAACAUAUGUCCCGUAUUAGCUACAGGCUUGAGUGGAUUAUAUUCAUUGUUGCCAAGAAAGUUAGAUAUCGAAACAGACGAUUGGUACCAGCUGACGCCGGACGACGUUAACGAUUUGCCAGCAUUAAUGCAUCUAAUGAAUUCUUUGGAUUUUUGUAACGCUGUCGCACAAGUUGCACAUCCCUUAGUACAAAAACAGUUAUUAGAAUUUUUAUAUCAUGGUUUCCUGGUGCCUGUCAUGGGGCCAGCUUUGUUACAAGAUUCGAUUGGUUUGACCGUAGAACAGCUAGAUGCACAAGAGCACUGGACGACAGUGGAUGAAUUAGUCGCAGCAACAGCGUACUUCGAUCUAUUUCUUCGUUCUGUAACGGAACCCGGUCUCUUGCGUUCGCUCGUUAGAUUUUUGCUCGAGGACAAUUACGACGAAUGCAGGAUAUUGGAUAGUCUUAUUCAAAGAAUAUCCUCUAGAUCACGGCUGUGUAUUGUAACGUUGGGACUAUUCGAAACGUUGGUCAAUUUGAACUGCGAGGACAUCAUGCUAGAACUGUGUCUAGGCGCAUUAAGCCCUUGUUCCCACGUAAUGUUCUCUCAACGUAGAAGGCUGAGGGACAUAGAUCCUUUCGGACGGGCGGCUGAAAAGUUUCUCUCGUUGACGCCAAGCUGCUGCUCGCCACUCGCGUCUGUCAACUCUCAGUUCACCUCUUUACCGAAUAGCUCAACGCCCGAGAAACAGUCGGGCAGCCAAUCUGACUCUUUGAAAUCAUUGCCAGCGUCCGUAAAUUAUGGUGUCAGAUUGUCCGACAGUUUGUAUGGUAAUUAUCACGCGUAUUUGUGCGAUGCUCGGCAAAAGAUAAAGGCCUGUCGAAUCGCCUGUUCCACUUGGUCGUACCAGUACAACGGAGAACUGCCGAGAGACAGCACCACCAGUAGCGCAACUACUUUAAUCGAUGACAAUACAUUGUUGGAUCAAUUGCAGAAGAAAACCGAUACGAUUAAACCUUUAUCGUUAGAAACAUUGAAGCAAUCGACGCACUUCAAUGAGAGCGGCGAAAGUCCGUCAGUAGACAAUACGUUAGUUAAUAUACAAACUUUGCUAGACGGGAAGGAGUUCAGUGUGAUAGAAAAAGAAGAGAAAUCAGAAGAAACUCCGGCGACGGGUAUAGAAUUAUCGUUAGAAGAACAAACGAAAUUAGAUGCGGACAUUGCUGAAUUGUUGAAUGAAAAUGUUGGGGUCUCGGAAUCGGUUAAAGAGUUAAUAGAUAAAAAAGAACUUGACAGUGGCAUCGACGAUUCGAACACAGCAAUGAAUUCGCUGUUAUCUUUGGGAGAGAGCAGCGGGUACGAAAGUUUCGCGUUCAAAGGGUCGUCGCAGUCGACUCCGGACAAUGAACCUAGCGAGGAUCGAAUAAGCGAGCACGAAGAAACAGAGCUCGCGUCAGGCAAGGAACAAUUUCUUCACAGCAUUAUAGAGUCGGGUUCGAACGCACCGGAAGAAUUAACAGCGAACAAACAAAUGAAGGAAAGCUUCCGUCAAGACGUGUUUAACGGACAACCGAACGUCGGCAUAUUUUUAGAUAUUCUUUUACGAAAGCUCGAAUGUAUGACAAGUAAUAAUUUAUACGUUAAUCUACACCUAACUGGUCUUAUCAGUAGACUCGCAAUAUACCCGCAACCCCUGUUACAGUCGUUUCUCUUGAAUCAUUCUCUAGUGUUUCAACCAAGUAUUAGGUCGCUUUUUCAGGUUCUAGCAUCGCUAAAACAUAAGAUAGAUCAGUUCCUCUCGCAGCAUAAUAACGUGGACGCGUUGGUAGAGCAAGCUCGGUUAUUUUUAAUCAACCGAGAAGAUAAAUUAGUCAAUGCGAGGAAGAAUGCGUUAGAAGCUGCCGCCCAUUCUAUAUCUUAUAAACGAAAUUCUUUGAGCGGAGAACCAUUCUCAAGAGUGUUCAAACGAUGUGAGAGCAAGAGAUGGAGUAUAACGUCAUCUUUUACGCAAAUGCUUAGAAGGUCAAGUGCAAGUUCCAGUCCAAGUAAUUCGAUCAAUAUCCUUAAUCAGCCGAGUGGUAUAUCAGAACGCCAAUUAGAAGCGGUCGGACACGGUUCUGGAUACCGGUAUUAUACGAAAACGUCCUGGGAAUCUCCAAAGGAAGUAAGUCCAGUACAAAACGUGGUUUUAUGCGCGGUCAUAUUAGACGAAUGGCUAAAAGAAUUAGCCGCUAUCACGCAGGAACAUGCCAUCAUGUCACUUACAAGUAAUUUGGAGUUGAAAGUUUAAUACGGUUUUAACAAGGUAAUAUGUGAUACUGCUAGACUUACGUAUAAUAAAUUAUAUUACGGUGUUCGAAAUGUUUAUCCGGAGUUAUCGAGUAUAUAAUGUAAAGAUAGAGAGAGGAUAUCGCUGCAAAAUAUUUUAUUUUGCAAUUUGUACAUAUAAUCAGAUUUAGGGAUUAGAGUGGAGAAUUGUAGAUCGCUAUGCUUCGAUUAAUAUCGUCCGUUUUAAACAUCAUUUACGUUAAAAUUAUGUUUAGGAACAAAAUAUUUAAUAGACGCUAUUAACAUUUAUAUGACACAUCGGCCGAAUCGUACCAUAAAGACUGACAUUUAGAGCAAUUUCCUAUACGAUAUAUAUACGUAUUAACCAAUUUAAUAACAGUUUAUCAUGUAUAUUAAAAUCUGAUCCCUUUGCAAUCCCUUUGCAAUAAUUGUUAAAAAUAGUUGAAAAAUGUAUUGACGAACGAACGAAAGUGCCAAUCGCUUGAUAUAUUACAUUUCGGAAAUUGUUCCAAAUGUUUUUACAGCUUAUUAACAAAUGAAUUUUAUUCAAAGAGAGGAACGCAGCGCAUGAAUAUAUUUAUAAAUUUCGCACCGACUAGCAAUGCAUAAUGUAUGAUAAAUACACAGCCUGUUUUUAGCGUACUUAAUUUAAUUUAAUAUAUGGACAAAGUUAUGCAAUUACCGAUUAAUAUAUAUCCACGAAUAUAAUAUAAAAAAGAACUUGAUAGCACAAAGUAUUAUAUAAACAUGAAGUUACGAAUUUCUUUAAACUAGGACACCGAACAAAUUUUACAUUGUUAAAAUUGGACGUAACAGGCGUUUCAUUUUAUAAAUCGACUUCUCUACUACCGAGGAGAAUACACUUGUCAGUGACAUAUCGGAAUUCAAUUGUUAAUGCCAAAAUUGUUGCAGCUCAAUUUUUAUUAACAAAUCCCAAGUCAAUGUAAGUGCAACUUUUGGCACGCAAUAAAAAGCAAUGAUUGACAGGGAA